AGAAGAUAAAAAAACAAGAAAAUGAGAAGGAAACAAAGGAUAAAAUGCAUAAUUUUACAGGAGAUGGGAGUAAAAAUCGCAGUAAAAGAAUAUAUAGAUGAAGUACGAAGGAUGGGCAAGUACAACAUUGAAAGGAAAAGACCAAUAAUUGUGAAACUAAAUAGGGAAAGCACAAAAAUAAUGAUUUUGCAGAAAAACAGAAGACUAAAGGGCACAAAUAUAUGGAUUGAUGAAGACUACCCAAAAGAAGUCCAAGAGGAAAGGAGGAAGCUAAUAAUAAAAAUUAAAGAAGCUAGAAAUAAAGGUCACAAAGCACAAUUAAGAUAUAAUAAAUUAAUAAUAAACGACGAGUUGUACUGGGAGAAAGACACCGAUCAAAACCAGGAAGACAAAAAAGAAGGAUGCGAAGGAAGCAGCAGCCAAAAGAGGACUGUAAACGAAAGAUCACCGGAGCAAAACAGAUAUGAUGAACAAGGAAUUUACGAGGAAGGAGCAAUACAAAAUCUAGCAAGAGAAACAAAGAAAUAUCAGAUAGAUAUCCUAGCAAUGCAAAAAACCCAUUUAACCGGGAACACUACAUCGGAUAUACAAGAUUAUAUAAUGUUCACAAGUGGAAAUCAAAGCCUUAACUUCCACGCGCCAACAGAAGAAAAGGAUGAGGAAACGAAAGAUGAAUUCUACGAAGAACUAGAGAGAGUAUAUGAUGAAAUUCCCAAAAGUUAUCUGAAAAUAAUUCUAGAAGAUGCAAACGCAAAUGUAGGCAAAGAAGAAAUUUACAAAAAUAUAACAGGAGGUGAAAGCAAACACGAUAUAAGCAAUAAUAACGGUCUAAGAUUAAUAAAUUUAGCCAUAGAAAACGAUAUGAAAAUCAUGAGCACACAUUUCAAAAGGAAAUAUAUUCACAAAGGAACAUGGAUCAUACCAGAUUUGUUCGGAUUGUUAGCCUGUUUCUUUGAAGAUCUCGUCAAACUCAAUUCAGUUUUAGCUGUACCAUGUAACUUCGCCUAA